GGUCUGCUGUUCAGACUGCUGCUGCCCGUCAGCUUGACAGCAGGUAACCCUGGGCGUGUCCUGAAGGCGGUGUGUAUCACCAGUUUGGCAUUUCUGCUGCUUCAAAUCUGCUUCCAGGUGACGUUCAGCUCCCUGCAGGCGACAGGAAACCUACAGCCUGGAUACAACUGUUCUGCUUGGGAGAAGACUCUGCGUCAGCUGGGCCUGCAGAGUCUCUCUGGGGCAGAUGCAGGGUCAGUUGUGAGGUUGGUUCUUCCAGAUGUUGGCAUGCUGGCAGUGGGACUGUUGACCUGGACACUGUGUGUCCGAAUGGAGCCCACCACUACCACCCAGCAACAUGAAGCAGAGGAAGAGAGGAUAGAGGAGGAGGAGAACACGGUGCGCUGUGAGGAGCAGCACAUGGAAGAGGAGGAGGCAGGGGGGAGGAGCCAGCAACUGGUGUCUCUUUUGACAUCACUGGUUUAUAAAACCAGAGAGAUCAUCAGUAAUGUCAUCACCACCGGGGGCAAAGUCCUGGUCACCUGCCUGCUGGGACUGACAGGCAUCAUGCUGCCCUCUCUCUCCUCUCUGCUCUACCUGCUGUGUUUUCAGGGUUUGUGCACGUGGUGGGCCGUGCACGGGCGUGUCCCGCCCCUCCUCUUCAGUUGUACUGUGCUGCCCCUUGGAGGUUGA